AUGAAUUCCAGAAUCAUCUCUUUAUUGUGUAUGUAUAUCACCAUAGUAGUCGUAUCCUGUGGCUAUAUUGGAUCUGGAUCCGGAUCAUACGGAGGUGGGGGUUUUGGAGGCGGAUAUCCCAUGAUGUCAUAUCCUACUUUUGGAGGUUACGGCAAAAUGAUGGGCGGUUACGGAGGAUUUGGAAACGGAAAUUUAAUGGGACUGUAUGGAAAAAUGGGCGGCGGCUAUGGUGGAUACGGAAUGGGUGGAUACGGCGGAAAUUUUGGCUACGGUAGCGGUGGUGGAUACGGUGGAAUGGGAUACGGAAAUUUUGGAUAUGGUAGCGGUGGUGGAUACGGCGGAAUGGGAGGAGGGUAUAUUGGGAAAGGAUGA